UAGAUAAAUAUUUUAAUUUAAGGGAAGGUGAUAAACAAGAUUGGAUUAUUCGAGAUAUUAAAGAUCUUGAUAAAAAAUCAAAAUUAGAAUUAGACAAACUUGAUAAACUUUAUGAACCUUGGUUACCUAUAGAAUCUGAAG